UAUAAAUUGCAGCCAUCUCGCUUCCGGUCUUCGCAACCUGCUGCUGCUGUAGCCUAGUCGUAGCUAGCUACUGUGUAGCUAGUGUAGCGUACACUGCAGCUGGGCAUUGGUUGGCUAUCUUUUGUAGGCAAAGAAAAGCAAGGCUUCCACACACGACGAGACGAGACGACAAUGGCUUUGCUCGCCAACAAGUGCGUGCUGCUGUCCCUCUCCGCCGUGCUUCUCUGUUGUCUCGUCGGCGGCGCCUCCGCCAUGCUGAGCAGCCUGCCCCCGCCCCCGCCCCCGCCGAUGGUGAACUUUACCAUCGGCGUGCAGGGCGUGGUGUGGUGCAAGUCGUGCAGGUACCACGGCUACUUCGCGCCCAUGGACGCGUCCCCACUCCCAGGCGCGAAGGUGUACCUGCGGUGCAAGCACGGGCGGCGCGCGGUGACGGUGGCGGGGCAGUCGGGCGCUAGCGGCUACUUCCUGAUCCAGACGUCGCAGCAGGUGUCGGCGUUCACGAGCCAGCAGUGCCGGGUGUACGUGCCGCGGUCGCCGGUGCGCGCCUGCGGGGUGCCCGCCUACCCGUCCGGCCGCAAGGGGCUGCCGCUCAAGUUCCAGGAGUUCGUCAAGCGCGGCAACGGCCUGCAGGGGAUGUACUCCGUCGGCAACCGCUUCUUCCGCCCCAAGUACCGCGGCAAGUGCCACUAAUGCAUGCAGUGACAAGGUGUCAAGGUCUUAAUUAGGGCUUGAUGCCAGCAGGGAUCGACAUCAAUAAAAAUAAGCUAGGUUAAUUAUUGUCUCUUUGAGAUCGAUCGAUCAGUUAGACUUUGUUUGGAUGUUGUCAGAUUCACUUCAAUCCAUGUGUAUUGGUGUGGGUUGGAGUGGAAUUUAGUUCAAGUUCUACUCCAAUCCACCUCAACAUAUGUGGAUUGAUGUGAAUACGACUACAUCUAAACAAGGUCUUAGUUGGGUAAUUUUAAUUAGCUAGUGUUGGUUGGUGUGCUUGACCGUUUCUGUUGUUAUAGACUGCAAACUAGUUCUUCUUCCUGCUGCUCGGUCGAUUGGAUAAAUUGAUGUAGUAAUAAGAAGAACGAUUGAGCA